AACCCAAAAUACAAGUUCCUUCCUUCUUAGGUCAAGCACGCACAGAGUUUCUGCCAUUUAACAGAAUCCCUAGCUUACCUUAUUGCAUUAUUCGAUCAGCUAUACCGGCGGUUAUGGCUUCUAAGUUCGGCUUCAUGACCCUUGCAGUCCUCGCUCUUGCGCUAGCCGUUUGCGUGCAAGGCACUCUAGGGGGAGUGACAUGUGAGAAUCUAGACGAAAGCACUUGUGCAUUCGCGGUGUCAUCAUCAGCCAAACGUUGUGUGCUUGAGAAGCACAUAAAGAGGAGCGGAGAGGAAGCAUACACAUGCCGCACAUCUGAAAUUGAAGCAGAUAAACUGAAGGACUGGAUCGAAAGCGAAGAGUGCAUCAAAUCUUGCGGCCUAGACCGCAAGUCCUACGGAAUCUCAUCCGACUCUCUCCUCGAGUCUUGCUUCGCACAAAAGCUUUGCUCUCCUCAGUGCUACGGCAGCUGCCCCAACAUUGUUGACCUUUACUUCAACCUCGCAGCUGGUGAAGGGGUGUUCCUUCCAAAACUAUGUGAAGCACAAGGAGCAAAUGCUCGUAGGCAAAUGUCGGAGAUCCGAAGCUCUGGAUUUGUUGCACCAGGACCAGUAAAGUCAGCUAAUUUGGUAGCAGAGGCACCAGUAAACUACAUGAACUUGAAAGCUGAAUACUACGUUGCUCCUGCACAGGCACCAGCCUACUAAAUUUGAUCACCCCCAAAUGCAUCUUCUACAUCAUUCGGGGCCCGUGUGUUAUUGUAGUCACUAUCUUAUCAUGUGUCAAAUCAGAGUCAGUAUUAUUCUAUAGAUUAGUUAUGUCUUCUAUGUAGCAGAAGGGUGUGUUCUGGCAAUAGUCAUCUAGCUUUGUAUAUGCUUAAAUACACCCAUUGAUUGAAACAG